CAGUGCUUGUGCGCUGGAUUCCCCAGCUGGCUGAUAGCUCGCUGCAGGCUGUGCGCGCUCUCUCUCUCUCUCUACAUGUGACCCGGUUUCCGUCUGCACCUUCCGGAGCUGGAGCUGCGGGGCAGAUGGGUUGAGAGCCCCGGCUGGCGGCACUGAGGGCUGCAGCAGACAAGCGCGGAUUCCCGCAGCCGCACCGCAGUGUCCGCAGCAUCGCCGCUCCGCUCCGCAGGUCUCCGCUCUCACCGGCUCUGCGGCAGUUGUUGACAGGUUGCUCCAGGCAGCCAUAAAAGGACCGCACAAUCACUGCUGGGACCUUAAAGGGGGCAGAGCGCCGUCUGUUAAUGGACACCGGGGACUGUGUAUUCCCCUCGGACACCCUAAAGGUGUAACCAAGAGAAUGGACUUUACAGGCCUGUCCCUUUCCUUCAUUUUCUCAGCACUGAUGCUGCUUGACAGAAGAAGCAACACAGAAGCCAGUUUGGAGAACUGCAAGAUGGAUGGAACAAAGGCAUCGUGCCAAGGAGAGAGCUUGGAUCGUGUGCCGGCGAAUCUGCCCGUCAGAACAGAGAAACUCUUUCUAAAUGAGAAUGUCAUCAGAGCAAUUAACAACAGAUCACUUUCUGUGUACAAGCACCUCCACACGCUGAACCUGAGCGGGAACCAGAUUGAGGUUAUAGAGUCUGGUGCCUUUGUUUACAACAGGAACCUAGAAGAUUUAAAUCUAAAGAAGAACCGUAUUGAUUUAACUUAUUCAGAGACUCAUCUGGCACUAAGAACUCUCUCAGCUCUAACAAGGUUGGAUUUAUCUGAGAAUAGACUAAAUGAAGAUAUGACAAGUUAUAUAGUGCAAAAUUUGACCACUCUGGAAUAUCUAUCCUUGGCUAGAAAUGUCAUCAUGAGAUUGGAGCCUAGCAACCUUGAAGGCCUUGUCAACCUUCGAGAACUGAACUUGGAGUACAAUUAUAUCUAUGAAAUUGAAAGUGGGACAUUUGAAGGUUUGAGAAGAUUAACUAGGUUGAACCUCGCUCAUAAUCACAUUCCCUGCAUUGUGGAUUUCAGUUUGUCCCAAGUAAAAACAUUAAACGUCAGUCACAAUGCUGUUGAACUGUUUUUAGCCAGGGAAAAUGAGAUUGAAUUUCAGUUGGAAACUCUAGACCUAUCCCAUAAUAAACUACUGUUUUUCCCACUCUUACCAAAACUCAAUAAACUCAAGUCACUGUUGCUUGCGGACAACGAGAUGAGUUUUUAUGGUGAUCUGACGAACGACUCAUCUACUGAGGUUCAAUUCAUACAAAUUGUUGGAAAUGUGACCAAUAUUACCACUGUGAAUCUUUGGGAUGAGGUGAUUUCUGUAAGCUUGCCAAGGCUGGAAGUUCUGGAUAUGAGCAGGAAUUCAUUUCGAUAUCUUCCUCAGGGAUUCCUGCGGGGAAUGACAACAUUAUCUUCUCUACAGCUCAGUCAGAACUGCUUGAAAACAUUCUCUCUAAUGGAGGACGAACAUCUUCUCUUCCUUCAGUUGAUGGACCUCAGUCAAAACCGAUUAUCAAGUCUAAAUUUCAGUGUUAACAGGCUGAAGAGACUGAAUUACUUUAAUACCAGCUUCAACAAAUUGGAAUCAGUGCCUCCUGAUCUCUUUACUAAGAUGCCGCAGCUUACAACAGUGGAUCUCAGUCACAACAAUGUUUCUAUUUGUGCCUACCCUCUAGAACUUGAGAAGAAGACUUUAAACAGAGGUUGUGUUGGUUUGGCAAAUAUUAAGUCAUUGAAACGCCUCUAUCUUGCCAGUUGUGCACUUGCAACUGUACCAGACAAUGCAUUUGUUGGCUCACCAUUAACACAUCUAGAUUUAUCAUCCAACACUGGGAUCAGAUUGCAGGCAAGUACUUUUCAAGGUGUGUCCAAAUCACUGCAAUUCUUAUUCCUCAGGAACAAUGGAUUAACUUCCAACCAGUUAGAUAUCAGCCUACGAGUGGCUUUCAGACACCUAAGUAGCUUGGACAUAUCUGAUAAUGUUUUAACAAGUCUUCAUCCCGCAUUGAAAAGCCUUCCCCUGAAAUGGUUGGAUUUGCGUAAGAACCAAUUGCCUACUCUUCAGCAAGAUGUACUGAAGAGUCUUUUACACAAUCUUGAGGGCAUACUCCUGAGUAAUAAUACCUUUGACUGUUGCCAGCUGAACUGGUGGAUCACUUUGAUCAAUGCUAAGUCACUAAUUAUUCCUGAUAGAAGCAAGAUCACUUGCAAUGGCUCUGUCAGAUUGGAUGACCUAGACCGAAUUUCCCAUUUCACCAAAGUUCACUGCCGAGUUGACAACACUGUUUUAAAAUAUUUUCUGCUGUUGCUGCCUACUGUUGUGUUUAUUCUAACUGUCAGUGUGAUGGUUUUCUUCUCUUUAAAUUCCAAGAUGUUGCCUAAAUAUGUGAAAGCCAAAUGCAAAAUGGGAACUGAAUAUUAGCCAGAAUCUUCUUGGAUCACACCAGCUCUGUUGAGUCCCGGUUCUUGAAACACACUGGUGGCUGGUGUGGCACCUACCUCAGAGGGUCAAUGUUUACAGCGCUGGGCAUAUGAGCAAAAUGAGUCUCAGCGAGGCACUAAUAAUAAAGGCAGCCAGCUGCUCUCUAUCAGUAUACCGGCAGAGCUCUCUGAGCACACCGGACAGGAGCUUGCCGCGAAUACUGCAUUCACUACCGACCGAAACUGGAUAUAUGUCGUGAACUUGCACAAAGCUUUGCAUAAUAUUUAUAAUAAUUAUUCAGGUAUGUGUUCUACUGUACAGGAUAGGUAAAUGUGAAAAGUAGGCAUUAUAAACAAUGAGUAUUUUUGAAAAAUAAAUGUGAAAUA